GUGUUUUAAGGAGCUGGAACCAUGACGGACUCCAAAUACUUCACGACCAAUAAAAAAGGAGAGAUUUUUGAACUGAAGGCUGAACUCAAUAAUGAAAAGAAAGAGAAGAGGAAAGAAGCUGUGAAGAAGGUUAUUGCAGCCAUGACUGUGGGGAAGGAUGUCAGCUCGCUCUUUCCUGAUGUGGUGAACUGCAUGCAGACCGACAACCUGGAGCUGAAGAAGCUGGUCUACCUGUACCUGAUGAACUAUGCCAAAAGUCAGCCCGAUAUGGCCAUCAUGGCUGUCAACAGCUUUGUGAAGGACUGUGAAGACCCAAACCCUCUCAUCCGUGCUCUGGCUGUCCGUACAAUGGGAUGCAUCAGGGUGGACAAGAUCACAGAGUAUUUGUGUGAGCCUCUUCGCAAGUGUCUGAAGGAUGAAGACCCUUACGUACGAAAGACUGCGGCUGUCUGUGUGGCAAAGCUGCAUGACAUCAAUGCCCAGAUGGUGGAGGACCAAGGAUUUCUGGAUUCUCUGCGUGACCUGAUUGCAGACUCCAAUCCCAUGGUGGUAGCGAACGCUGUGGCUGCCUUGUCGGAAAUCAGUGAAUCGCAUCCCAACAGCAACCUGCUGGAUUUGAACCCUCAGAACAUUAACAAGCUGCUGACAGCUUUGAAUGAGUGCACGGAGUGGGGCCAGAUCUUCAUCCUGGACUGUCUGUCCAACUACAACCCCAAGGAUGAUCGCGAAGCUCAGAGUAUUUGUGAACGCGUGACCCCUCGGCUGUCUCAUGCCAACUCAGCAGUGGUGCUGUCAGCAGUGAAGGUCCUGAUGAAGUUUCUGGAACUUCUUCCCAAAGACUCUGACUAUUACAACAUGCUGCUGAAGAAACUUGCUCCUCCGCUGGUGACCCUGCUGUCUGGAGAGCCCGAAGUUCAGUAUGUUGCCCUGAGAAACAUCAACUUGAUUGUGCAGAAAAGGCCUGAAAUCCUGAAGCAGGAAAUCAAGGUGUUCUUUGUGAAGUACAACGACCCCAUCUAUGUCAAACUGGAGAAACUGGACAUCAUGAUCCGCCUAGCUUCUCAAGCAAACAUUGCCCAGGUCCUGGCAGAGCUCAAGGAAUACGCCACUGAGGUGGAUGUUGACUUCGUGCGCAAGGCUGUCCGAGCAAUUGGGCGCUGUGCCAUCAAGGUUGAGCAAUCUGCAGAGCGCUGUGUGAGCACACUGCUAGACCUCAUCCAGACCAAGGUCAACUAUGUGGUCCAGGAGGCCAUUGUUGUCAUCAGAGACAUCUUCCGCAAGUACCCCAACAAGUAUGAAAGCAUCAUCGCCACUCUGUGCGAGAACUUAGAUUCCCUGGAUGAACCAGAUGCCAGAGCUGCCAUGAUCUGGAUAGUGGGUGAAUAUGCAGAAAGAAUUGACAAUGCAGAUGAGCUGUUGGAGAGUUUUUUGGAGGGCUUCCAUGAUGAAAGUACUCAGGUGCAGCUCACUCUGCUGACUGCUAUAGUGAAGCUGUUCUUAAAAAAGCCUUCUGAGACAGUGUACCUGCAGACCCUGGAGAGCGGAGAAUUGGGAGAAACGUGGAAAGGGAAGAUCUUGUUCCGUCAGGAUUCUGACAACCCAGACCUGCGGGAUCGUGGCUACAUCUACUGGCGCCUUCUUUCCACGGAUCCAGUGACUGCCAAAGAAGUGGUCCUCUCAGAAAAGCCACUUAUUUCUGAAGAGACCGAUCUGAUUGAACCGACUCUGCUAGAUGAGUUGAUCUGCCAUAUUGGGUCUCUGGCUUCCGUGUACCACAAACCACCCAACGCUUUUGUGGAGGGGAGCCAUGGGAUCCACCGCAAACACUUGCCAAUUCACCAUGGAAG